AUGCUCGGUUGGAACAUUCCAGAAGAACACCAAGACCUCGUACACGAACAUUGGCGGAACUUCCCAGCAGUUAGCAAAUAUUGGCAUUAUUGUCUAGCACUCAUCUACAUGAUGCUGAUGAUAACAUCGCUUACUGGCAACGGAAUCGUCAUUUGGAUCUUCAGCACUUCCAAGUCCCUUCGCAGUGCGAGUAACAUGUUCAUCAUCAAUCUCGCUAUAUUCGAUCUGAUGAUGAUGUUGGAGAUGCCGCUACUGAUCAUAAACUCUUUCUACCAGAGAUUAGUGGGUUACCAGCUCGGAUGUGAUAUUUAUGCGGUGCUUGGUUCACUUUCGGGUAUAGGAGGCGCUAUUACGAAUGCUGUCAUUGCUUUUGAUAGAUACAAGACCAUUUCAUGCCCACUCGAUGGGAGGAUAAAUAGGAUUCAAGCGGCUCUUCUUAUCGCAUUCACCUGGUUUUGGGCAAUGCCGUUUACAAUUCUUCCUGCCCUUAAAAUUUGGGGACGAUUUGUGCCAGAAGGAUUUUUGACGACGUGCUCCUUUGACUACUUCAGCGACGAUCAGGAUACGAAGGUGUUUGUGGCUUGCAUCUUCGUAUGGAGUUACUGCAUACCAAUGACGCUCAUCUGCUACUUUUACUCACAAUUGUUCGGUGCUGUGAGACUCCAUGAGCGUAUGCUACAAGAGCAAGCAAAGAAAAUGAAUGUCAAAUCUUUGGCUGCGAAUAAGGAAGACGCCAACAGAAGUGUCGAGAUCCGAAUCGCUAAAGUAGCGUUUACCAUUUUCUUCUUAUUUGUUUGCGCAUGGACACCAUAUGCCUUUGUUGCUAUGACUGGAGCAUUCGGAGACAGGAAUCUUCUUACGCCAGUCGCUACGAUGAUUCCAGCUGUUUGCUGCAAGGUCGUAUCUUGCAUAGACCCAUGGGUGUACGCUAUUAACCAUCCUAGAUACAGGUAAAAUCAAACUCUCCAAAAUACAGUUAGUACUUGUUCUACUACUACAGCUAUUGCUAUUGCUGCUAUUACUACUACUGUUGCUGCCUCUGCUUCGUUUGCUACUACCUAUACUAUUAUAAUUGUUGCGGUUGGUCCUAAUAUGUAUUGCUACUCACUACUAAUGCUGCUUA